AUAUAUUCCUUAUUAAUUUAUAAUUCGUAAUUUAAUUAAAAUUUGUGUUCGCGGCUGUUAUCAUUGAUGUGAUGUAACUACACUGAACUACACUGAACUACACAGCCCCACUCAUUAGCGCAGCUGUGUAUAGCCAUUGAUUAGAGCACGGAUCUUGUUGGAUCUUGUCCCGUAUCUACUGUACUUCUUGUUGAAUUCAUCAGAAUCAAUUAAAUAUUAUUUAUUUAUAAUAUUAUCAUUUACGAAUCAUGUCUCGUGUACUUGUUGGCGUUAAGAGAGUAAUUGAUUAUGCAGUCAAGAUCAGGGUCAAACCGGAUAAAAGUGGAGUUGUCACAGAUGGAGUGAAACACUCUAUGAAUCCAUUCGAUGAAAUUGCUGUUGAGGAAGCAGUUCGCAUGAAAGAGAAGAAAAUAGUACAAGAAGUCAUUGCUGUGAGCUGUGGCCCAGCACAAGCUCAAGAAACCUUGAGGACUGCUUUGGCAAUGGGUGCUGAUCGUGGUAUUCAUGUAGAAGUCUCUGGUUCAGAGUACGAAACACUACAGCCUUACCAUGUAUCUAAAAUACUUGCUAAAAUUGCUCAGGAUGAAAAGGUCGAUUUGGUAAUUCUUGGAAAACAAGCAAUCGAUGAUGAUAAUAACCAAACAGCGCAGAUGCUUGCUGGUGUUUUGGAUUGGCCAGCUGCAACUUUUGCCAGCAAGGUAGAACCAGGAUCAGGUAGCCUAACAGUCACUCGGGAAGUGGACGGAGGAUUGGAAGUCAUCAAAGUGAAGUUACCAGCAGUAAUUAGUGCUGAUUUGCGGCUUAAUGAGCCACGUUACGCUACUCUGCCUAAUAUCAUGAAAGCCAAAAAAAAGCCAAUCAAAAAAUUUACUCCCAAAGAUCUUGGCGUAAACACAGCCCCCAAGAUAGAGAUUGUCUCUGUCGAGGAACCACCAGCUAGACAGGCUGGCUCUAUUGUGCCUGACGUUGACACCUUGAUAGCUAAAUUAAAAGAAAGUGGCCAUAUUUAACGUAUUCGGUAACAGAGCUCUUCUCGAAAAAAAAGGUAAUGAAAUGGUCAACAAAAAAUAAAUAAUGACGUUUGUAAAGUUAAUUACAUAUGUGUCAAGAAAAUAGGUAGAAUGAAAUAAUAUUUUUGUACAUGGCCAGAGAUAAUAAAAUUGGUGUAUAUUGUAGAUUUUAAUAAA